CUGUCAUACGAGGUGGGGAUGUCUCUCUAUCCUAUCCUUGCAACAUCUUCGAUAGGGAUUACCUAAGUCAUAGUAUUGUCUGCGAAUAGAGAAAGCGAAGAUUCAUUCGCAAGCGUCUAUCCCAGUGAGUUGUAAUUCAAAUUUUUCAGUUUGCAAACAAGUGAAUCUGUUCCAAGAACAAGGAUCAAAAGCUACCGAGUCAGGAGCAACAACAACAAGCAGCAACACCAAGUGCUGUCCUUCUGCGCGUCUUCUCCUUGUUGCGACGAGGAUGUUGGGCAAUAUUGGGCGUUGCGUCGCGUCCUGCCAGCUGCUGCUGUGGUCCACGUUUUGGGUAGUGCAUGCUGGUUCCUCCUCUGCGCCGCCGAUCUACCUGCUGCAUGAUGGGCACACCAAAACCGACGUGCAGCGUGAGGUAGUAACCGUUAACGAUAAAAAUCCUGAAGUGUACUGGCGUAUCCCGCGUGCGGUUGGAGCGCAGAAGUUUAAGCUGUCGCAGGACAAGCAGUGGCUUUUUGUGCCUCAUCCCGUAGACGAGAAUGAUGUCAUGCACGCGCAUUUUGCCCGCCAUUUGCGCAACGCGCGUGAUGAGCAAACAGAAUACGGAUACGCUUGGGGAGCUUUCACCGCUGGUAAACCUAUAACUAAUCAUAUUUUAUGGAAGGGUGGCGGUGGGUUUGUAAAUGACUAACUUCUUUGCUGGUCGUACCGACGUCGAUUUACUAGACAAGAGUUAGUUCUUUCUAUCUUGAGAGGCUUCUGCGUGAAGUGGACGACAUGACUGACAAAAUUGAUCUUGUUGAAAAGAGAAGACUCCCACCGACAACGCAGGUCAAAGUUCUGCAAUGUUGGAGCGGAAUUGUGGUCAAUUUACUUUCCGCGAGUCUGUCAUCGAGUCGACCGGUGGACCAGCGAUUGCUCCUGAGAAGAGUACGGUCGUGUUAGCGAACCAGACCUGGUCGGAUCCGGUGAAAGCCCGCCAGAGCAUCGAUCCUGGCGUGAGAGAUGAACAGAUUUUCGCGACACUCGCGUUUCUGGCUACCUCGGCUAACAACAUGAAUCGCUACCACGUCAUGGACAACCCUGCCAUGAUGCAACGACUCCGCGAUUAUGCCGAAAGCGACAUGCCCAAGGCUUCGCUGGCCUCGUCGUCUAAGAUGGCCGCAAAGAUCACAGCUCACGGAAUGCCAGUAUUGGAGAAAUUGCGAAACCGCUUGGACCAAGUCGACCUCAGCGCUACUCCGACUAAGGUGAACCCGGCUGGGGGCACUUGCAAUCAUUUCGAGACCCAUCGCGACUUGCAUCCUGACAGCAGUUUCAAUCCGGCCGGCGGUGCGAACGCAGACGGCGACAAUAUCGACUUCUCCGUCAAGACGCACAACGAGAAGGGUGGUUGGGUGCGCCUGCAUCAGCUCUACGUGCAGCGUCGAGGAGAAGUGAAUCCAGCCGGACUCCCAUGGACUGAGUUUCCGACUGGUAAUAUGAUAUGUAAUACUAGGAAUCGAACUAAGUACUUUCUUCGUGAAAACCGAGAGCUGUUGGUAUUCAAUAUUCUUUAUUAUGAAUGAUCACGACGGCAUUGUGUUGCAAAAUUUUAUCUUUUUUUUUUUCGACAGCUUAGCCAUAGUGGUUGUAGCCAGACAGAACACUUCUCUUUUUUAUAUGGUUCCAACCCAAAACUCGCUAUCACGACAGGUGUUACAUUUUUCCACUACAACGAAGAGCGUGAUCAUGUCGAACUUCUGACGCAAUGGUAUUCGUUUUUGCACAUCGAGCAACAUCGUCCGCCGAUUGCGCCUGUGGCAUACUACAAAGAGUACCCGGUUCCUGGGUUUUCCACCGCCAUUCCUGAUAUCCGUAUCCGCGAUAACCAACCGAUUUGGCAGAGUGAAGUCGCCAAGUACUGGUACGGGCGCAUGUGGGAGCUGCCAGUUGAUAACACUCUCUUUUGGCCCGAUGCAGAUACACGAGAAAUGUCGAAAAAAUGCUCCAAAGAAUUUCUCGAAGAGGAUGUGCUGGAGGAAAUGCGAGUGUAGUCACCUUUCCACCUCCGUCUAUGACUUUGGAUUUAUUGUUUUGCGCGUGUGAUUGUAUCUGCAGAACUUGGUGAUAGAGCAAGAGAACCAAGGAACCUAAUAUUCGCAUUACACCUUGUUAAAAGUGUGUACUUAGACCAAUCCGGUCAGCAUAGCUCUUUGGAUGCUCAAUCGAUCAGGUACGAUUGGAGAGCAGUGGUGACCCGCACGAAGCAGGAUGAUCCGAAUCUAGUGACAAGUGAUGCGAAGCACAGUGAUUCUUUCGAUCGUCUUGCGGUCGCGCGCAUUUUGCGCAAGGCACUGUCGUGCGCAGGCUUCAUGGGAGCACCGGAGUUUCGGUAUACCUAAAUACAUACUGAUUUCUCAACUUUCAAUGCUAGGUAGCUGAAAAGCUCUCUAGAGGUGCUUGUUCAGUAGUUGUUCGGGUGAUUAUUCUAUAGGUCGCAGAGCUAUUUAUGAGCAUUUUAAGCAACAGGACGAGUUGCAGCGCACGGAUGCUCCAUCUGCCUCAAAAUUUUACCAGGUUCGCCUAUGGUUUCAAUUACGCAUCGGCUCUGACGUUAUACCACACUUUGGACGAGCUGGCAACGAACUUGGGUAGCCGUCGACUGGCCUUGGGUAUGGCGUUUUCGCAACGCCCCAAGUACCUCGAAUACAGUGCCAACCCCGCGGGCGAGGGCCGUCCGCUGACGCCCCGCGCGAUCCCCGAGUUGGAGGGGAUCCACGAUAUCGUUGAUCGCUUUGGAAAAGUUGUGACUUCCAAUGCGAACCCCUCUGCGCGCUUCGAAUCCGAGUCGGUCUUUGGAGGACACGCACACGUAUUGCAGGUCGGAAAUAAAAUGGGCGACGUGUGCGAGCCGCUGGACUUCAAGGGCAUCGAGGAAGCACCACUGCAGUUGCCGCCGCACUGCAAGCCGACGCAAAAAUGCCUCAUGCUCACUGAUGACACCCUGCAGAACCUUCGCAUGGCAGCGGAGUUCAAGACGCUUCCCAUCACAGAGAGUCUGUUCAACGAUAAGGAAGUGAAGCACACCGUAACAGCUAGCUCGGCGAGACUGCAGCAGAACGUGUUACGCUUGGUUCAGCCGCCGACGUCGCUUUCCGCAUCUGAGCGGGCGGACCUUAUCGCCCAAGUCGAGGAAGAAGCCGUGCUGAGUCGCGAUGUCGGGCUCAUGAAUAUCGGGGUCUCUGGCAUGCACGACGUACGAGCCUCUGGAGACAGUAUUCACUUUUAGAACGCGUGGAAUUGGCAUUUCGUUGUAGACUCGAGGGUCUCCUUACAGAUCAGAACUGUUCUUUGCCUGCAAUCAUCUGCUGUUCCACAUGCAUCUUGAUUUUGACUUUGUAAAACGAUACCAAAUGCGCUGUGACUCCUUUCAAACUUGUCAAUCAAUUAGGCAUAUUCCGCCGCGAGUUGCAGUACCAAGAUUGGUCUUUCGAGCGCACGACGAGUGAUUUCGCGGGUUUGGGAAACACUACGCGUCUGACUCCUGCUCCUCGUCCGCACACGCGCGUGUUUGAGCGGUGGACGCGCACCGAGUACUAUCCGUGCUCGGCUAUUCAGAAAACCCGGUCGCGCAUGGAUAUUGCACCGGCUAGUGGCGCCCUUGCAAACACCGGGCUUUCGCUCGCUGAAGGCGUUUACAAGUUCCUAGACCACGUCAAGAACGGAGAUCCAACGGCCAGUGGUGUCAAUACGCGCUUUGCGAAUAUUGCAAGUUUGAUCACGAAGACGUGUCAGGACAUUCAGACGCACUGCACGGGCGCGAACUCGCAGUAUGCGACGCAGGCUGCGUGCGAGGCAGAUUACACCGCACUGCCGCUACAAGAUUCGAGCUGCGUGAACUCCGACGUCGCGUUCGCAGCAAAGGGUGCAAGUCUUUCGUGUCGCUGGGUGCAGAGCUAUCUACUAGCACUGGCGCCGGCGCGGUUCUGUCCGUUAGCGGGAAGUUCGCCCCCGGCGGGUGGUCGCUGCCACGCCACCGAGUGUUCCGCAGCGCCAGGGCCUACUGCCACGACUUGCGACAUUGCUACGAAGGUAGAAAUUAUGUCCUCCACACUCGAUGCGCUUCCAAUUUGCUUGCCGGAUCUGGCGGGCAGUGACCGUUGCUCGACCAACUGCACGCAAGCUGUGACUCAUUUUCUGGGACGUCACGUGGAGAGCGGUGCACUAGCCGCCUGCGCGAGCACGGGUUUGGGCUUGGAAGCGGACGGCAGCGGCUCCUUGGUUCUCAGUUUGCUGCAGGUGAACGCGAAGACGCUUUUGCGACGCUGUGCGCCAGCGCACAUUGAGACUGCUGGAAUGUUCGGAGCGGUCGCUCCCGUGCCAGCAACUGCUCAGCAGCAGCAUCAAGCAGGUGAGAGUCUCGUGUACCAUGAGAACGCGGUGAACUGUGCUCACGACCCGACACUUUACCUGUCCGAAAAUGGUUGUCAGCGCCUUAACUGGCUGGCACUGGAGGAGAAGAUGAUUUCUGAGUGGCAAGCCUUUGGCACGCACGCUGGCGCAACGAGCGCUGCAUUUUCCAAUGCGAACGGCGUUGGCACAAGCGGAAAAGUGCGACGCACCACGCACGACGCAAUUGGCUACCGCGAAGAGUUCCUAUUCGAUCUCUGGUUCUCGAACUACCAUAACCACGGGUCGCGCGCCGAGGCGAGGGCACAAGCCGUGCGCAAGUUCAUGAUGCCAUCCGCGUUUCAAUUGAUUUUACCCGAUGGGAGCACGCAGCCGUCCGGCACCAACGCGAAUUAUCAACAGGAGCUCUACACCCGCGGAUCCGGCAGCGCACGUGUCGCCAAGUACUACGGCUUGGUCGACGCUCUGGGCAAGACGCAAAUUCGAAACGGCGUUAGCGGUGUAAAGGGGCUUGCAGGAACCGACUUCGCGGAUGCCUGGUUCGAACAGUUUCCAGACUUGACGAAGUACAUGGCUGAGGGCCAGAACAGUUUUACUCCGGCGCACGAUGCAGCGCGCGAGCUCACCUUUCGACUGCACGAGGCUAUGCUGAAGGAACCGGAAUUGACCAUGGCUGGCCAGGCCGCUUUCCAGCAGAACGCGCGAACACAGUUGGGCAAGAACUACCAGUACAACACGUAUCCGGUGUGGUGGGGCGAAACCUGGGCCCUGGACAACUUGCCGGAGUUGUGGGGACCCGACGGCGAGUUUGACCUGAAGAAGAACGUAUACGAGCAAAUCAUUCGCUUGGUGUGGAAGCACCCGGUUUGGUGGGCAUCGCGCUGGAGCGCAGUGGCCGGCGCGCACGAACGCGAGAUGGGCUACUUCUUGUACACGACAUCUUUGGCACUGCAUCGCCCGGAGCACAGCCACCGGUCCGAGGGCUAUUUGAGUGGCACAGGCAUGAUCACGAAAACCACGGUGAGUCUGCAGGGUGUCAAAACGAAGAGCACUUUUGCCGCCGAGAGCGUCGCAGCGUGGACUUCGGUGCGUUCGCGUCUGCCUGCAGUGGUGGACGAGAGCACUGGACUAUCGCUGUCCAGCCUGGAAGAGGAGAUCGCGCGCGUGCUUGAGACUGGCCAUUUCGCGGGCCAGAGUCUCGCAUACGGAAAGCGACUCCCGCAAAUCAUGUUUCGCCUGAUUAUGCGACUUCGCGAGGACCUGUGUGGUCUAGGCCGGGACUGGCAAUCUGGCGGCCUGGCAAUGCGCAAGCGCAUCUUCCUAGAGUUCAUGCGAACGGAGCACGACCUCCACCAGCCGCUGACGUUCGGGGAAGGCAGCAGCGCGGCCACAGCGAAGAAGACCAGCUACGACAUUGCUGCGCACCAUAGGGAUGAACGCUACUUCCCGCACCCAGAGGUGUUCGACCCGAUGCGCGCAAACUUGGAGAAAGUAUACAUUUUCGGCGCUUUGGAGGAAGACAUCGCGGUCUCGGAGACCGGUGUUUUUGGCGACACUCUGGUCGCCGCCAGCAAGGCCGCCGCCACUGCCGCGACCGACGUGCCGGACGUCAUCUGGGGCUUCAGCGGUCGCACUGCCCCGGCCUCAGCCGCGACCGAUCCGGUGACAGACCAGUAUUUGGAACUGCCGGCGCGUUCGAAGGCCAGCGCACCGAUGGCCACGCGCAGGAAGCGUCUGCAGCACGCUUGCUUGGGCCGCAACGCGGCCUUGCGCUUCAUGUUCCAGAAUAUCGGCGAGUACUUGCACACGCCUGGGUCCGAUGGUUUCAACGCCCGUUGCAGCUCGGACUCUCGUGUGCGGGAGUUUGUCCAUCAUGGCGUCGAGCUUCGCCGACAGAUGCUGCGUGUGCCCUCCGCUACGGACGGAAAGAAGGUGAUAGAGCAGAGCGCUCCGGUGAAACGCUACAUUGAGCUGGAGGACGACAUUCCAAAUGGUGUGUACCAGCUGGAAUCCUUUGUCCAUGGCAAGUUGUUCGGCAGCCCACGGGGCCUUAACUUCCUCACGGAUCGUGCUUCGACCUACCGCGACGAUGAGGACUUCGACGGCACUCUCUGGAUCUUCCUCAACGGUUUCGCCCACGCACCCCAGAUGUGGACAAACAUCGUGAAGCACAUGCACGAGGACCGACCAGGCGCGACCAGCGUUUUGCUCAACUUGCCCGGCUGGGGGAAGGAUGCGACGCGUAUCAACGACUGCGACUUCAACGGCGUGCCCAGUGACAUCAUUGUGAACCUGAUUCGCAAGGCGAAACUUACCACGGACAACUGGUCCAAAAUCUACCUGGUUGGCGACACCAACAUCGGAUCCUAUCUCGCGUGGGCGUCUGCGCACAAGUUGCGCGAAGUUGUGGACGCGGGACCCACUUUCAAGAACGAGGAGUCCGACUCCGAAAUCACGGACGCAGACGAGUAUCUCACAGGACUCGUGAGCUUUGCGCCGCACCCAGAACUUGCGCUGAAGCCCAUGUUUGUUCGACUGGAACCGGCGCAAUUUCCUUGGUACCCGCUUUUGAAUCCAAUUGUCGGCGAAAUGGCGCUCGGAAUGUUGGAUUUCAAAGUACUCCAAAACCAAAUGGAAGAAACCCUCGGAGAUGCGAAAUGGUACUUUUUACACAAAUUCAUCACAACGUCAGAUGUGCAUAGAGUUGCGUGAAGAUGACUCUCAUGGACGCUCACUUUGAAGAAUCACUCGUGAAAGAGCAAUAUCAGUGUCAGAUUAUGGGUCUUUAAAAUUGUCGUCCAGUUUUGCACGUAAAAUUGCAACAGGUAUCCUGGAAGCAGUCUGAAGGCGGACUAUAUGAAGUUCUGGAAGAACACGGGAGCGAGACCUCUCACUUGCUACUUCCGCGACAACUUCGAAGUCGUAAAAGGUAAAAUGCAGGCGAAAAGCGACUGGUACACGGAUUUGCGACCUGCUGGUAUGCAUAUCUUGCUCAUCAAAGCUGAGAGGGAAAUCAGCUACAGCCGUGAACAGUGGAUCGGUUCCUUCACUUUUGUUCCGCGUGCAGCCGCCAAGCAUCACGUGGCCCAUACUAUUUCCGACUCUGGAACCAACGAUUUGUUCUUCGACCUCGUCUCAAAAGGCGAUCGUUUCUCGAGCACUGACUGCGCGCAGGAGGUCGGCGAAGAGAUGAGCCGUUUCGCUUUCGCGGCCUACAUUUAGGGCAUGGAUAUCGAUGUUGAGACAAUUCAGAUUGAUUAUCGUAACUUGACUGUGAGCAUGAUUCGCAAAAAAAAAAUCAACCACAACCCUUCAGUUGCGAAAGUCGUGGUAAAAGGAAAUAAGGUAUAGCAAGUAUUAACAGUCAAUCCUUUAUUUUCAGCUCAUGAUCUUUCUCUAAUGUAUGGCCGAUCUUCCUUUGGUCUCGGUGUUUAAGAUUUCACUGAUUCCUCCUCAGCUGACUGGGGGAUGGAAGAAGGACUUGAUGAAGCAGAUCGCUCUGCCAUUCGUGUUGAUGGGGGCUUUGGUUGCUACCUUUGGCGGUUUGUAUCUGGAGUUCAAGAUGGGUGAUGUCUGGAUCACCUUGCAGCAUAAGGAAGCUUUCUGGCGCUUCGGACAGGUGGUCAUGGUUCCGAUUUGUAUGGCCUGCUUCGCCAGCGGGUCCUGGUUGGGCCUCCCGCUCUUCUUCAUGGCCUUGUACAAAUUCGGAUUUCCGGAAAUUACCACCUUGUUGCGAUCUCCGUGGUUGCUCAGGCAUGAAGACCACUGGGUUGAUAACUGGGCUCGCUUCUGGGAUGGUGUAGGCUAUGUUGUCCACCAUACCGCAACGGGUAUCAUCUACGCAGGCGUGCUGGGACAUAUGGUACAUUUGUUUUAAUCCGAGUUUUCGCGAUUUUUUUUUUCUGAUACUAAGUUUUUUAUUUUGGAAAUCAAUCGUAAACUGACUAUGUUGACGCUUAUUUGAAUGAAGGUUUUCUGAAUCAGAAUUGUGUUUCAAUACAUAGAUACGAAUCUGGAACAAGAAUUGAGUCCGUCAAUACGGAUCUCGAAGAAGUAGAAUUGAGUCCACUCUCAUCGCAGGUUGAUCCGAUGCUUAUCGCGCUUCAAACGCUGCCUCUCGGAUUUCAGCAUUUGGUCUCGCCUCUGAAGUAUGCGAAUGAGCAUGUGUACAAUUGCCUUCUACCUCUCUUAGAGUUGUGGUAUGAAUGCGAGGCCUUUUUUAUGACGGGGAAAAACUUACUCAUACUCAAAAGAUUAGGCAGGUUUUAUGCAGGAAACUGCAUCUUUGCUUGAGUAUGAGUACACUUUUUGUUUUCAUAUUUUUCGUCCUACCGUGUUGCAGUAACCCAAUCGUGCUCUUCGGUCUGAUCAUGCUCCUGUCGGCGCACUGGCUGUGGCUCGCUCGCCAAAUCGUCUGGAUCCCGCUCAACAUCUGGGUCAAGCCUCCAGAGGCGGAAGAGGAAGUUAUUGACGAAAAAACCGGCAAGAAAAGCACCGUGAAGAAAAAGAGCGAAUCCAGGAGGGCUUCAGUAAAUCCAAAUCCUAUGACAAUGUAUGUGACUUAUUUUCCGUGCAGUUGCUGCUUGUUAUCAUUUUUUGUGUUGAGAAUCUCGAUCUGUUACCUGUUUACUUUGAAAAGAUAAGAGAUUAUUUUUCCGCACGUGUUUUACAAUAACGAAAAUACGACAAGAACCGUUUUUGAUCCACAACAUCGAUCUUCAAGAAAUUAUCUUCCUCCACACCCACCUGCUUCUGCUAGGUAUUCAUGACAGAGAGUCAUGCGGCGCGCACGUCUGUAAAGAAGGAGACAUUCACGCAAAAGAUUACACGCCGUAUGUCCGCACUGACGGGUCUAGAUGAUCCAACAGCACUGCUUGGCGGCGGCGGCGGCGCAGGAAAAUCGCAAAUGCGACAGAGCGAGGUGCUGCAACAAAUGAAUGAGCACAGUGGAGCAUUGCAGAAACAGAUAGACGAGAUGAGUUGGGACGAUGAAGAAGACAUUGACGCAGGAUCGGAUACGAAGAUUAAGGCAGGGAGUAACAGUGGGUAGUCUCUCUUUCUUUAGACAACAAAAAGAUGAUCAACAUGUAUCCAUAUGAUGACGUGGUCGUUCCUGGUGAAAAGUGUUGAAGACUUCUAGGAGCUUCGAUGCAGAUUGAAAGAAGAAACAGUAAAUGUGAAAUCUCUAAAACUUGCAUUAAGAAGGACGAGCAGAUUGCCGACGCAGUUUUAGUCAAAGUGGGCAUUGAUGGUGCUGAGGAUCAUGCGAGCAAGAACAAAGUCUAACUUUAGUACAACACGAUAAUGAACAUAUGAGAUGAAAGUAAGUACAGAAAGUAAGUAAUGACAACGAAAUCAUGGGGGCGUACGUGGGAGACUGGGAGUUUCGAUGAUUCAUUGAAGCGUGAUUCAGAAAUUCAUUGACAAAUCGUUAAGUUUAAGUAGUCUCUUUUAGGAUUCGAACAACAUAUACAUAGGACAUUUUGUUUUUUGAUGAUUGCAAAAAUGUCACUUUUGUCCAUAUCGGGUGUCACUGCUGUCCAUAUUCAUAUGGUAGAGAUUCCGAAGUACCUAAUUCAUAACAUCAUUUUUAUGCGAACAGGUGAUACAGCUAAAAAGCAUGAACUACACUCACGGAGUGAUGUUAAUACCUACAACUUUCAAAAGUACCUAAUUCGUUACCAGUAUUUCAGGAACAGUAGCAGUAUACUAGUGAUAUCAGUAGUAACUUCCAUGUGACAUAGUUGGAAACCGAAAGCAGCUAUACUCUCUCUCCUAGCAGUGCUUCAGGUUUCCAUACCACAAGUAUAAAGCCAUCAAUUAUUCCGAAUACAACAAUUUUCCGUGGACCGAGCUUUUUUCCUAGAAUAGCAAUAAGAAUCAUUCGAUAGUAGAAGUAGUUUAUUGAUUGUUUCUCCAGAAUGCUUGCGUGUGAAGUAGUUUUUGACCUCAUUGAUAUACGAGGAGGACACGGGGGGAAUGAAACUUUUUGCGCUCGGGCGGAGAAGAUGGGAUCGAUUGACAGGUUGUGUGUACAGAGUUUGAAGAGUUCACAGAUUCUUGUAUAGGUAGGCCAGUAUUUUCAUUUUUGUAGAGAGUUCCAAUUUCAUCUUUCAUCGCAAUGCAUUUCAAUUUCUUUUUUAUCAUCAUGUUAACAAAGUUUCAUCACCUUGAUACAUAUCAGUGAGUUUUUGUAAUCCUGCCAAACGGAUCAUUUGUUGAAGAUAACGACAAGGUAUAAUAAAAGUUUCCGUAUUCUGUAGCACUAGCAUUCAAUCAAGACAACGUUGAUUGUGAUCACGUACAACUUGUAGCUAGCCUCAUCUUCCAGAUCCGUCGGAGGACUGCCUGAACCCACUCUCGCUGAUGGCAGCUGCCGGGAAAUAUCAUGAUUCAUUCUACUCUCUUGCCGUAUCUUGGAUUCCAUUUCCUUCCAUGUAAGGUCUGGGUUGGUUGUGUGAGUUUCGAAUCUUCAUAGUCGUUGAGGAAAAUGUGAGUACAAGUCUCUGAAACUGUCAUGCAUGAUACAACUAUCUAGUCAUGUAGUACUUAGCCCCUUUUAGAAUGUCAUGCAUAAAGGUGCCGUCAACAUGAGAGGAAUGUAGUUCGAACAAGAGCAGAUGAUGACAAUCAUGGUGGCUACAAGCACAGCAUAAGAUGAAUGUUACGGGGUGAACGUUUCAUUUUUGCGCAUAGAUGUCGUUAAUUUCAACUAAGUACGCAUAUAUUGAGAAGAAAUAUUCCAAUUUGGUAUGCAUCUUGAAAAAGAAAAUUCACCACCCAAGGCGAGUACACGUGACGCCAGUCUCGUCCAAUCUCGGACAGCGCUUGAACAAGGAGG